AUGGCUGGCUUUUCUCCACUUCUUUUUCUGUUGUUCCUAAUCUCGUGCCCUUACAACUCCAUAGCCAACCCAAAUCUCCAUAGCCUGAAUCCAAGACACGUGCUUUCGAAACUCUCAGCAGACAAUCCUUUGAAACAGUCUCCCAAACCAAAAACAGGUUUCCAAGUAACCAAACCCAUCGAUGUCCCCAAUACCGUGCCUUGCAAGCAACUCCUCCUCCAACACGAAUUUGGCUCUACUGGCCAUCGCCAGGGCGGCAACCCCUCGGUCGUGGUCGAUUAUGCGCUUCCUUCGCGUUGUGCUUCCACUGCGUUCUCUAAGAUCGUCAUGGAAUGGAAGGGAGCCUGCAACCAGACACGCGAGGACACGGUCUUCGGUGUCUGGUUGGGCGGCGUGGAGCUUCUUCGCAGCUCCCCUGCACAAGGUUUCAAUACAUCAGUUGCUUGGACAGCACGUAAGGACAUCACGAGGUACUCUUCCUUGUUGCUCAAGAAACAGACGCAGAAGCUCGCCGUUUCCUUUCGCAACUCGGGUCGUAACUUCCUCGACUUCACUUCAGUCUAUCACGUCACAAUCAGCAUCUCAUACUAUCCCCUGCAGCACAAGCAGUCACAUAGAGUUCCAAACAAAUUUAGUUUGGGAUUCGGAAGCGAGUCAUCAAUGGCUGAUCUCAUACUACCCAUUUCUCGAAACCUCGAAUCGAAAAAUGGGUUGUGGUUCCAAAUUGAGAACUCAACUGAUGCAAAGCUGAAGGAAUUCAGGAUUCCUCAAAAUGCUUACAGGGCCGUGCUGGAGGUUUAUGUGUCGUCCCACGAUGUCGACAAAUUCUGGUACUCGAAUUAUCCCUCCGAGUACUACAACUCCAACCAAUUCGUGGACUUGUAUGCAAAUGGACCAUUCAGAGAUGUAGUGAUCCGCCUUGACGACGUCGUAGUCGGCUCCAUCUGGCCUUACCCAGUGAUCUAUGGCGCAUCGGAUAGUAUAUGGAAUCCCAUCGCCAGCAUUCGCUCGUUCGAUCUCCCUUCCUACGACGUCGAAUUGACACCAUUUCUAGGCACUCUCCUAGACGGAGGAGUGCACAACUUGAGUUUCGGCAUAGGUAACGCGGCGAGCGUAUGGUACGUCGAUGCAAACUUGCACCUUUGGUUGGACCGAAAAAGUAGCAAGACGAAGGGGGAGCUCGUGUCGAGCUACAGCCAGCCGCUCGAUCUAUCAUCGACGGUGAAGAUGGAGGGAUUGAUCGGGGAAUCGUGGGUCGGAGCACAGAGGAUGAUAUCCUCACAAGGAUGGGUAAAUUCCUCGCACGGUAACGUCACCACUCAUGUCAAACAAAACUUGUCUUACACCAACUACAUGGACAUCGGGUUCGACUCCAGGGGCAACUACAGUGUCACGGUGGAGCAGUUGAUUCUUUCAAACGACAGCGUUUCAUCAUUUGUGACGAAUUCUGUUAACGACCACUACGACGACGACCAUAAUUACUCGUUAGAGUCGAUGAAGAACUUUAGCCUCACGACGAGUGAUGGACUAGUACUGGUGGGAGGAGAUGGCAAUUUUGUUAGAAUGAACAAUUUUAGCACAGGGUACAGUGACGAGAAGACUUCGUACGAGAAUUCGAGUUCUAAAUCGAAGGCCAGCAGCUUGAAAGAUGAACAGAGUGGAAGUAGCGUCUGGGUUGUCAACAAUUACAAGAGGCUCGACCCGCUGCAGGUUAUGAAGCAGUCGUACAGCUACCAGAAUGUUGAUUACAAUGGCAAAGUGUGUUAUUCCAGGGACAUUGGAAGCUUGAAUGCCACCAUUGUCUAUGACAAAGAAGCUGGGAGGUGCUAA